GGCGUGCGAGUUGUUUUUACCGUUUUUACACUUCGCAUUAUCGCGAUUUGUGAGCGUGUAGUUAGCGAAAAAGAGCUGAGACAAGCUGAAACGUGCGUUGGUUAUUUGGCAGCGAGUGCCUGGCCUUUAACCGAUGGAAAACAUGAGCCCUAAUGAAGCAUCCUGUCCGCGUUACACUUGUGAAACGUGUGGUAAGGCGUAUGUAAGGAGGUUCAGUCUGGCUCGUCACAACAGUGUAGUUCAUUCUAUACAAAUUCGUCGGGGAAGCUUCAAGUGCGACCAGUGCCAUAAUGUCAGAUACAAUCAACGCGAACAGCUCCUGAAGCACCUGAUCGAGAUGCACCAAUUUGAGUACAAGUACGAACAGCGACGGUUUCGCUCCUUGCAGGAUUUCUUCCGCUGGAAGCAGAAUGAAGAGAGGAGAGAGAAAGUGUGCUUUGUUGCACACUCCAGCGGGAAAACGCUGUACGGCGGCCGCAUCAAACGGUGGUAUGUGUGCCAUCGAUCUGGCAGUUACAUUCCCAGGGGCAAAGGCCAUAGGCGGCUCAAGUCUCAAGGUAGCUGCAAAAUUAACGCGCACUGCAUGGCAACAAUGUCCACCACUCAAGACAUGCAAACCGGCGUUGUCUCGCUUGUCUACCAAAAGAAACAUUAUGGGCACGACAUAGACCUAGGUCACUUGCGGUUAAGCAAAGAGGAGAGACAAGCCAUUGCGCAGCAACUCGCUCAAGGCAUACCUGUUGAAACUGUGCUGAAGAAUGUGAAGAAAACUCUUGGGAGGGAGCUUCAGAAGAUACACCUGAUCACACGAAGAGACCUCAACAAUAUUGCCAGGCGUGAACUUGGAUUAACAUUGCCCCAACUUCAGAAGGAGGGAGUGAAUACACCAUACUUGAAAGACGUCAAGCUGGAGCUGCCGUCGGAAUCGUCCAAUAGCUGUUCGUACGAUUUGGACCAAGACGUAGACGAAUCUACCGACCAUGCUCCUGCAGGAAAUGAAAAUGUCCUUGUUAACCUUCCCGGUGUAGGAUUCCAGAGCAGCAGCCAGCUUCCACUGGCACCACUUGUCAUUGGCCAGCAGGGCACUGCACCAUUGGUCUUCACUUCCUUGAUUUCAACUGCGCAGAAUGGAAGCGUCAUCAUUUUCGGCAAUCCUGGAACCACCCUGCAAAGCAGAAGCAACUCAACGUUACCUUCUACUAGAAGCAGUGAAGCAAGAGGGAAGGGCACUCAACAGAGCUUGUUAAAAUGCAACAACACAAACAAUUUUGAAUCAGUGAGGCAGCUUGGCUCCGUUAGUUACUCUCCCAGUGAUGACCAUUCAGCACCAGUGAGCCAGGCAAAAAAAUGCGUCUUGGAAGCAAUCCACGAGCUGCACACGAAGAUCACCAAAUAUUAUGGAAGUGAGGACAAGUUGCAUCACAUAGAAAAAGGGAUUCGGGGGCUCACCCACUUUGUUGACUAUGGUGUGGUUAAUUGGGAGCCCGCGGACUGUGGAGCAAUGGAAGAAGUACAUUUUGAUGAGGGGGAGGAGCCUCAAUUCCAGGACUUGUCGGAUUCGAUGUUCCUCCAGGACUUGUCGGAGGGCCAGAGUGCAACGGAGAAGAAGAGCAAGCCACAUAGGCAAGACCAUGUGUACUCGAAGCUGAGUGAAUGAGUGCUGUGUGUUACCAUGUGCAUCAGCCUUCAAUGUGUUUUCAUGUUGCCUUGGAAGAGUUAUUGAUGCUGAGACAUUUAUUGAGGUCUGUUUUCUAUUUCGAGAGUGAACGGGUUGGUGCAUGGGUGAGCAGAGCUGUCUCUGAGCUGUGCAACUAUUGCUGCACCUAUGUUGCCAUGUUCUUGUGAGUUGUGUUGCUGUUCUUCAUUGUAGCUUUACAGCAUCAAAGAGGCUCACAAUAAUAUAUUUUGGCUCUGGGCGUGUGUGUGGCAGCCGGAAGACAUUUCUGGCAAAGUGUACAUUUUGUGUUUCAGCUUGACUAGUCCUCCUGGUCUGACACAAAACCAGUUGAUGAAGGUAGAACAUCUUUUAUGUUAUCUUGAAUAGUGUCCGUAGCUCCUGAACUAGUAAGUUACUAGGGAUGCAACAUAUUACUGCAAGUGUGUUUCUUUUUUAUUUUUGCAUGUCUUGUUCAUUUGUACCAUAUUUUUGUUCCUCAGACUAUAAUAUAUACAUAGUUGCUUCUUGAAAACCAGUGUGUUCUGCUUAUGGUUGAUAUCCCACAUCCACAUUGUAAUAAUGGUUUCUUGAAAUGCACCUACUUGGGUACCAAAGUGUUUUUCCUUAUAAAACGCAUAUAGUUCAACUUGCCAAGCUUCC